UUAUUUAUCCUAACCCUUCUAAUGGUGAGACUUAAGCCGUGACCUGUCUUCCCUCUUAGAAGAAAAUAGGUCUGCAGUUGCCGGAGAAGAUAUAACCACCGUCGCUGAAGACAGAGCCGCUGUUAGAGAAGACAGAUCGACGGAGACCUGCCGAAGAAGACAAAUCGACGGAGAUUCGUAGGAGAAGAAGACAGAUAGUAUGGCAUGUCCAUGGUGGGAUGAUUACAAGCGUGUGGGAGGGUCUAGCUUUAAGAGGCAUGAGAAGCUGGAGGAUAAGAAUCAUGAGGCUUACAAGGAUCAGAGCCAUGAGAAGCACAAGGGUAAGAACCAUGUUCAUGAAGGGAAUAAAAGAGAGAACAAGGUAGGCAACCAUAAUGGGAAGGUGAAAAAACAGAAAGAGCCAGAAAAAAGCUAUGAGCAGGGAUAUAACAAUGGCUAUGUAGAGGGCUAUGGACAUGGAUAUGGGGAUGGCUAUGUCAGUGGUUAUGAAAACUCUAGGGGCAGUGUGAUUGAUAAUGGUCAAAGUGGUGAAGAUAGCAGGAAGAAGAGUGAACAUAGUGGUGAGUCUGAUUAUGAUAGUGGUGAGUCUUAUGAUAGUGGUGAAGAUAACUGUAAGAAGAGUGAACAUAGUGGUGAGUCUUAUGAUAGUGGUGAGUUUUAUGAUAGUGGUGAGUCUGAUUAUGAUGGCUAUGAAAAUGGUUGUGAAUCUGAAUAUGGUGGCUGGAAUAAUGACAGUGAUUAAGAUCUUCUACUGCUUUUAAGUUAAGGUGUGGUUGUAGAACUUUAAUAGUACUGAAGACCUUUGUUUUGGGUGUCACACCUUAGUGUCAGAGACAAUGGAUUAGAAAUUAUGUAUGAUAAUUAGUUACUGAUGUUGAUGUUUAAGUUUUAGAAUAGUGAUUUUCAGUUAUAUGGAGUUAUGAACAUGUUGAAAAAUAGUUAAAACUAUGUUAUCGGUGUGAAACAAAUACUCAGUUGGUGUAUUGUGACUUAGUUUAAUAUAAAUCUUAAGUUUGUUUGUGUUUA